AUGUCGACGACCCUCGCGUUUCCUGUCUUGUGGAGGGAUUCACGCGGCCGAGGCCUGAGUGGGGUCGUGGAGGUGCACACGUCCGAAUUACCCGUGAAAGGUGCGCGAGUCGGCGAUUUGUUCCCGGUUAUCAACAAGAAAAUCGGCAGCAGUGAGGACAAGUCGCGCCAAGUGGAGUCGUUUCUACUGUACGGCGCAAGUCUAAGUCGUGAUCGGCUUUUGCAGUCGCUUAUCCCAGAGUUGGGGCAUAAUCCGCGGUUCGUGGCAGUGAUGCGAGUUCAACCAGCUCCAGUUCCAUCGACGGAGAUGUCGAUCACGAUCAAGACGCUGACGAAUAUGAUAAUUCUGCUGCGUUGCGUCUCCUCUGACACGAUCGGGUACAUCAAGUCGAGGCUCCGAGCCAAGGAGAACUUCACGGUGGCUUCCCAGCGUCUUGUCUACAGGGGGAUCCAGCUGGAAGACCACCUCACGCUCACUUCUUACGGCAUAACGGACCAAAGCAUCGUGUAUUUGGUUCGGAUGAUGCGUGGUGGGGGAAUUCCGCCACGAAUCUUCGCUGACAUUACGGACGAGUCGUUGUUACGCGAGAUUGAUUUCUCCCGCGACGCUCCUGAGUGGCGCAUGGCUAGCAGAGGACUCAACAUUGAAGGCCGCUGCGAGAACAAGAGCUGCGAGGCCUAUCAGCAGUGGGUCAUCUGCCCCAAGCGCUUCGAGGCGUUUAAUCUCAUGCACGACGACAUCAAGUGUCCGAUGUGCCGAGCGAAGGUGAAGCCUCAAACGUGUGGAUUCUACGACUGCGCGUGGAAAUUCGACGGCACGCAGACCAGCAAUGGCUUCUCAAUCAUCUCACUAUGGCAAGAUGCGAGUGGAUACAAUCUGCUGAUUGUCGCGAAGCCACGGGACGAGUCGAUCAUGGUGAAGCUGUCGCCUACCAAGUCUGCGGGCUUGGCCAAGGAGGCCAAGUGCACACUGUGCUGGUCCACGUUUGGCUUGACUAAGCCGGGCUUCGUUAUCACCAUUGGUUGCGGCCACAGUUUCCACUGUAGCUGCAUCGACGAGUGGUCGGGCUGGUGCAGCGAGAAUGAGACUCUACCGAGUUGCCCCGUGUGUCGCCAAGAAGUGGAGGAAGCUGGGGCUUAA